GCUGAAGCAGUCUGUCCAGAGGCCAUAUUGGAAUCUAUGCAGUCGGCUUAUACUUUGAUGGGACUCGGUUUCUAUCGUUUUGACACUCUUCUAAUUGCUCUCUUGGCUUUAAACCCGCGGGAUUUCUACGGACAUUCUGCCCGAGACUCUGCAAAGUCCGUACGGCGAGUUGUCUCCCCUCUCCCGUUGAAGAAAUGAGUCCAACCGAUGCUAAACGAGGGGCUAAACGCAGGAAGAACAAGCGGGGCGGUGGCAGUAGCUGCAGUGCUGUCUGCAAUAGCAGCAGUGGCAAGGCCGGGGCUGCACCGGCCUUAGGCUGUACAGGAACACCAACACCUGCCUCGGUCGUCAGCUUCCUCACAUCUGGGAGUCCCGGCAGUGGAAAUAUCGGAUCCAGCGCGGCCAUAAAUGGAGAGGUCAAAGGGAACAGCAGCAUUACUCCUCAGUUUGCAGAGGGACCAGUGAACGCUGAGUUCUCCGGUGUUCUUCAGACGCCGUUCACGUUUGGCCUUAAUCAGCGGGCGCCCUACACAGCUGGAGAUCGCUGCCUUUUGUGCCGAUGCGAGCGCAAAGAUAGCAAUGUGCCUUCAGAAGCUGGUAUCAGCGGUCAGAACGGCACAGCACAGCCCCCCAGCACACCCAGUGCCCUGCAGCUGCCUCUGUGGGUAUGCUCUGACUGUAGACAUACAGUGGAGAAAGAAGACAGACGGACAACUCUAGAGCAGUCGUUAGGGAGUCAGGACUUCCUGCUGCACAUGCCUGUGACUAAUGGAAGCCUGGCUCAGACUGCAGCGCCAGCUGACAGGCUCACUACUGCUGCGCCUACACUACCCAUGCUUCCUGCUCCAGACCUUACCGCUCCAAUGCCUGCUGACACGGUGUGCAGCUGUGAAACCUGCAACGAGAGACGAGAGAUAUCUGCUGAAUCGGAGAGGGAGUCGCAGCAGCUGCAGAACCACUGGUCUGAGGUUCGUUACCUAGUGCGUUGCAUCUACCGGCAGACGGGAACACCGCUCGCAGACGACCAAGAUCAGCCUUCAGAGAGGGAUAAGGAAGGCAUGAAGGAGCUGGUGGACAGACUAUGUGUAAAAGAUCCAUAUCAGCUCUACCAGCGAUUGGAGCAGCAGGCUCGGGAGUAUGUCUUAGAAAUGAAGGUGCGGCUUCUGAAGAACCUUUCCGGAGGCUCAAAGCCUGCAGGACCUCCAGGAGGGACUGUGGCUGCAGCACAGGGUCCACCUCAGGCCCACGAGUUUAUUUCUCUUCUCCUGGAGGAGUACAACGCUUUGUGCCAGGCUGCACGCACCAUCAGCACCUUCCUUCUCACCCUGGAGAAUGAGCACCUUCAGAAGUUCCAGGUGACUUGGGAGUUGCACAACAAGCACCUUUUUGAGAAUCUGGUCUUUUCUGAACCAAUCCUACACAACAGUUUACCGGCUCUUAUUGCACAGCUGAAACAUGGUACAUCCUCUCAUGACUCGUAUAAUGAAGACAUGUAUCGGACUUUGUUGGAAAAAUACCAGCUGCUGCAGCAGGAGAUGGGUUCUGUGGCCAGUGUGUGGCAGGAAUGUGAAAAGAGGAUUGAUGAUUAUGUAGAUGAGCAGUUACUUUUUAAGGUGGAAGGUCAGAGUCUGACCAACCAAAAAACAGAGCCCCACAAGUCCUUGAUCAGCAAAAAUACUUUAAAGACAAAGCAGCGAAUGCUAAAGGAGGACUGGGAGUUCUUCAAGCAGAGAAGGUUCAUUGAAGAACAGUUACCCAACAGUAAAAAACCCUCCGCUGGAGACAACAAUUUCACAGACACUAUGAGGAUGCUCUCUUCCCGUCUUAGUAUUCCCGAUUGUCCAAACUGUAAUUAUAGAAGAAGGUGCACAUGUGAUGACUGCAGUCUCUCCCACAUCCUAACAUGUGGAAUCAUGGACUCGCCCAUCACUGAGGACCUUCACAUCAAGCUGCCUUUACAAGGGGAGCCACACAGGGACUACCUUUCAGAGGUGCACCCUCCUAGCCUCUCCUCAGGCAGUUCAGCUUCUGGCUCCAACUCCAGUUCUCCCAUUACAAUUCAGCAGCAUCCAAGGCUCAUCCUUCCCGAAGGGGAUGUCAGCACUUUCAUUAGCGACGAUGACGAAGUGCCUCCUUUGUCCAGUAAAUUUAGGAACAUCUACCCUAUGAACAGCUAUGAGGACAGCAGUGCGGUUUCAGCUGCUGUGAACGGACUUCAUCACAGCAUCAACGGGGAGGGUGGAAACGCAACACUCAAGCCAGGGUUGUCUCAGUCCCCUCAGAUUACCAGCAGCAGCAGCUCAUCGGAGGGUGAUGAGGAGGAAAUUAAUGGUCAGAACAGUGGGGAGCCCCCAGGGAAGCAGGAAGUACUUUCCCUGGGAAAAACUAACAGUCCUCCACCCUCUUACAACCACCAACAGGUAGAUCAGGUCCAGCAUGCCUGCGAGUGCCACUUGUGCAACCAGGACCCUAACUCCUCUGCUCCAGGCCCUGCUCCCUGCCUGCCCCCCAGUCGGCUCCACUCUGUGCCUCCCUCCACUGUCGAACACCAGUUCUUCACAGACAGCAAGGCAUCCCCCGCACACCCUGCCCUCCACUUAUACCCACACAUCCAUGGACACCUGCCCUUGCAGAACUUCUCCCGGCCCCUCCUCCACCCUACACUAUUCCCUCCCUGUCCACCUCUCACACACAACAAGCCUUUGCCCCCAAAUCCAGCAUCAAACCACCACUCAUCCCCCAAGCAGCCGGCCUUCAGCACAUCAUUACCAGACCAUGUAUACCAGAACUGCUUUGGUGGGACAGGCGGAGCAGGCGAUUGGAAUACCUCACUACAGUGCCUCUCUCUUAAGUUUGAAAAUCUUUGGGAUGCUGCUGUGAUGAAGAGCUGGAAUCCAUCGGUGCUGUUGCCUGAAUGUCUGCCAGGUGAAAUGCUGGGACCCCCGCUCCCUGAUGUGCCCCUUCCGCCAACAUCCAUCGGCCUCCAAGGGGAGCACCCCCCACUGCCCACACCCCUACCCACGUCCUCCUCCUCAUCACUGUCGUCGUCUUUAUCAUCGUCGUCAUCGUCGUGCUCCUCCUCAGAAGCCAAAGAGCCAAAAAAGACUGGCGCCAAGAAGAAGUGUCUCUACAAUUUCCAGGAUGCCUUCAUGGAGACCAACCGUGUAGUGAUGGCCACAUCUGCUGCCACAUCCUCUGUGUCCUGCACUGCCACUACUGUCCAGUCAAGUAAUAACCCACCCAUCCAUCUAGCAUCUAAAAGACCCAACACUAUAGAUGAUGUUUUUCACAGCCUAGGUAAAGAUGAUCACAGGCAGCCCAUGUCUGCAGCUCCUAGAAGCAACUCCAUGGGACUUGCCUCUCUUCCUCCACUCUCUGGCCCCACUCUACCCCCAGCCCCAACAUCUCAACUCUCCUCAGUGGGCUCACAGACCUUUCCAAAGAUGGCUACUCCACCCCCAGACUUUGUGGAGUCCCAUCAUGCCCUCUGCCUUCCGCCUGCUGAACCUCCAGCACCUUCAGUGGAUGGUCCAGUUAGCGCCCCCACUAGUGUCUGCAGUGACCCUGACUGUGAAGGCCAUCGCUGUGAAGGAAGUGGAUCAUAUGAACAUCCGCCCUACGAUGGCGAGGAGAGUCCAGAUGAGGAUAGCUGCUCCGAGCACAGCUCCUCCACCUCCACUUCAACCAACCAGAAGGAGGGAAAGUACUGUGACUGCUGCUACUGCGAGUUCUUUGGGCAUGGCGGGCCACCAGCUGCUCCAACCAGCCGAAAUUAUGCAGAGAUGCGGGAGAAGCUGCGCUUGCGUCUCACAAAGCGUAAGGAGGAGCAACCAAAGCGUGAGGAGCAGCAGCCAGUGAUAGAAAGAGAUGGAGGGGUGGAGGACCACAGGCGGGUGGAGGACCUUUUGCAGUUUAUUAACAGCGCAGACAAUAAACCUGCAUCCAGCACUAAGGCUGCCAAACGAGCCAGACAUAAACAAAAAAAGAUGGAGGAGAAAGCUCGCUUGGAGGCAGAGGCCCGUGAAAAGGAGGAGCAGCAGUUGCUGGAGGAGCAGCGACGGCGGCAGGAAGAGGAAGAGGCGGCACUUCAAAAAGAACUGCUACGGCUGCAGGAGCUGCAGCACCAUCGCGCUGCCAAGAAGAAAAAGAAAGAGAAAGCAAAGGAGAACACCGCACCCCCUCAUAACAACCCACAACCCCUCAAACAGACAGCUCAGAAUGUCCUAGAUAACCUUCAGAACGGAAAUUCGCAGCUGCUUAAAAACCUUAUCCACUUCUCUGACCAGAAAGAACACAAAUUAGAACCUGUACCCCAGCCCAUCUCUCAGCACACCUCAAAGUGUGCCCCUGAAACGAGGCUUUCUAAUGAGACCAACUCUACAGCUAAUCUCCUCAAUGGCGCACCUUCCACUGUUGGCUGUAAAAGUAAAGCCAAGCCAUCAGGGAAAGUCUCAUGUUGUGACUCCAUUGCAAAGAGAGUGCCAGAACUGCCCAAGAGCUCAGAUGAGGUCACAAAGACUAACAAUACCACCCCCAUUAUUACAGAAGAUACCAAAGCAACACGAAUCAGGCCCGCUGAGACCCUGACUUCUACACCCACAACAGAACCACGCAAGGAGGAAAGGAGUAAUAGCAGAUGUGUCAGUGGAAAAAGGCAGCAACCACAACAGCCCCUUACCCAAAUCAAGGAAAGCAGGACAAGCCCCCCUGUGUCAAACCCUUCCCCAUCUCUCCCUCCAGCCUCCCACUCUGAGCCCCAACAAAAUGGCAAACCUCCCACUGCAGAGUCCCCCCAACCCAAAGGCAAGAGCAAGAAAAGCAAGAAGAAGAAGGGGGACAAGAUGAAUACCUCUAUAGAUGACGUAUUCUUGCCCAAAGACAUCGACCUUGAUAGCACAGAAAUGGAUGAAACUGAGAGGGAGGUGGAGUAUUUCAAAAGAUUUUGCUUGGACUCUGCCAGACAGACUCGUCAGCGGCUCUCCAUAAACUGGUCAAACUUUAGCUUGAAGAAAGCUACCUUUGCUGCACAUUGAGGGUGUUGUUAACUUAUCGGAACACAAAUCAUUACCCUGAUUGCUAUAUCAAGCCACCCUUCACCCGUGACCCAUCACCUUCACCCACUUGUCCCCCCCAGACCUUCUCUCCUGCUGUGCCCAGACCACACCCACGCUGCCUUGCUUUGUUCUUGUUCCUAUGUGGUACCACCACAGAUCCAUCUGGACUAAUUUACCUGCAAAGAUUCAAUGGAAAUGAUACAAAAAGAAUCACAGAAAGCUAUUCUACAUCUGAUUAAUCUUCCUUGCGUGCUUGUGUGCUUUUAGGGUUUCUUUUGACUAUAAUGGCCACCGGCAAACCUGUAGUCAAAAGAUGCUUAUUAUUUCUGGAUGGUUUCCUUAUGAAAAAAAGAGACUAUGGAAACUAGAAAAAAAUGUCUGAAUUAAAGCUGUAUUUGACAUUUUGUGGCUUACUAUCCUAUCGUUCCACGGUGUCUAUUCUACUUGAUUCACAAGGAAUAGGCUUUGUCUGCUGGUUUCCCCUUCCCUCCGCCCCCACCGCCUCCAUCCAAUUUCAUAGAAUGGAGGAAGCUGUAAUACUUGACAAUGUUCUUUUUUUGGUUCUAAGUUCUGUUUAAAAUUAUUAGGAAAUAUCCGUUAUUUUUCUUUCUUUUCUUUGACCUGUAGCCAGCUUGUGUCAAUACUUACAGAAUGAAAUCGAAAAAGAACAAUACUCACACUAUCAACAUGUUAUAGAGUGUAUAUUGUAUUAACACUGAAGCCAGUCCGGCUACUUUUAACAUAUUGUUAAGUAAUAUUAAAUCUUGUCUUUCUUUUUUGAAAGAUGGAAUACAGUAGAAUGGCAGGCUUACGUGUCUUGUGUCAAAUUUUAUUUUCUGUAUACGGUAAAUUAAAACAAUAUAAAAGGGUAAA